AUGACUGAGUUGAAUGAGGAGAUGGUUCUGAUCAAAAAGAUGGAUAUGGAUCCGCAGCUGACGCUGACUCGACACGCGACAAAAGAAGACAUGCGCACAUAUGGGUCGCCGCUCGGCGGCAAGCCGACCUCCGAAACAAUGUCUUGCUCUGCUAUUUUUAUUCUAGACCUCAAAGGAAACGUGAUCGUAUCACGCAACUACCGUGGCGAUGUUGAAAUGUCGUGUAUCGAACGCUUUAUGCCUCUUCUUGUCGAGAAGGAGGAUGAGGGUAUUCAUUCUCCUGUAAUCCAGGCUGGAGAUAUUAGCUAUACGUACAUAAAACACAUGAAUCUAUACCUUGUGAGCAUAUCAAAGAAGAAUAUGAAUGCAGCUCUCGUGUUAUCCUACCUCUAUAAAUGUGUUGAGGUGUUUUGUGAGUACUUCAAAGAUCUGGAAGAAGAGUCUGUCCGAGACAAUUUCGUAGUAAUCUACGAGCUUUUCGACGAAAUGAUGGACUUUGGUUAUCCGCAGACGACAGAAAGUCGAAUUUUGCAAGAAUACAUCACGCAAGAAGGUCAUCGUCUCGAAAUCGCUCCUCGUCCUCCUAUGGCUGUUACAAAUGCUGUGUCGUGGAGAUCAGAUGGCAUCAAGUAUCGAAAAAAUGAAGUGUUUUUGGAUGUUAUCGAGAGCGUAAACAUGCUGGCCAAUGCUUCGGGAACAGUUCUACGAAGCGAGAUCAUCGGUUCGAUACGAAUGCGGGUAGUGCUGAGCGGAAUGCCAGAACUACGACUUGGAUUGAAUGACAAAGUGAUAUUCGAGCAGGCGUCUGCUGGAGCUCGAGGAAGUCGUAGUGGAAAAGGUGUUGAAUUGGAAGAUGUGAAAUUCCAUCAGUGUGUACGGUUGUCACGAUUUGAAGCUGAACGUACCAUUUCUUUUAUUCCGCCAGAUGGAGAAUUUGAGCUUAUGAGCUAUCGUCUUACAACUCAGGUGAAACCACUCAUUUGGGUGGAGGCUGUUGUGGAAAAACAUACUCAUUCUCGAGUUGAGUACAUGGUGAAGGCGAAGUUUUCUUGCCUCCCAUUACCAGCACAGCCGCUCACGCAACUGCACCCUGCUUCAUGUCAUUUUGAAUUGACCAUUGCAUUUGAUUGCGCUGUUCACGCUAAAUCGCAGUUCAAGCGACAAUCAAUUGCCAACCAUGUUGAGGUGAUUAUCCCUGUGCCUUCGGAUGCUGACUCUCCGAAGUUCAAAACAAGUGUGGGGUCGGUGAAAUAUGUACCAGAGCUGAAUGCAUUCGUAUGGACGAUUCGCAGUUUUCCUGGUGGUCGUGAAUACCUCAUGAGAGCACAUUUUUCAUUACCAUCUAUUGUGAGUGAAGAAGUGGAAGGAAAACCUCCGAUUCAAGUGAAAUUCGAAAUACCAUAUUACACUACCAGUGGUCUUCAGGUUCGUUAUCUCAAAAUAAUCGAGAAGAGUGGCUACCAAGCAAUGCCAUGGGUUCGAUAUGUGACACAAAAUGGGGAUUAUCAGCUGAGGAUGACGUAA